GUCAGCUUGCUGAGUUGGGCAGUUGUAUCUUGGUCUGAGUAGCGAGGGAGUGUUUUUACAGUUCUGGUACGCUGUCUGUUAAUUAUUUGGUGUUGAGUCUUGCUUAUUGGAUUGCUACUUUACCGGCCAUCGCAGGGAUGGGGUGGGGCGGUUAAAUGCUCCAAAGCCGUCAGGCGUGAGGGAUAUUAGGGGGGUCAGUUUCGUUGCGGUGAAUGGCUACUCAAAAUACAUUCACCGGCGGUCCCAGAAGCAGUUACAAGAAGGGCGAUGGGAUCACCGAAUUGAUCGAUUACUUCAGCAAACAUCAGUAUAGAGCAAAAGAGGUUAGCAGUACGGUAGAACUCAUUGAGACACGAUGUUUGGAGUUAUUUGGAAAAGAUUACAAAUUCAGUCUUAUUCAGAAUCAGAAUGGAGAGCUCUGUGGGCAUUAUCCAAGACGCAUCGUCUUUCUGGAGUACGAAAGCAAGGAACAUGACAAAGAAGGAUUUGAGAGUACGGUGCAGGUGGGAAAAUUGCAAGAUUUAGUACAGCGCAGCAAGAUGGCACGCUGUCGAGGCAGGUUUGUUUGCCCAGUCAUCUUAUACUUUGGAAAGCACAUUUGUCGCUCAGCUACUUUGGCAGGGUGGGGAGAGCUGUAUGGUAGAACCAGUUAUAAUUAUAUUUUUUCUGGAGGAUUAGAUGAUGCCUGGACUGACUCUGAUGAUAUACCAUCAGAUGACUUUGCUGUGAGGAAUGGUGAUUCCCAGCUUUUUGAUAAAGUCAGAGGUUAUGACAUCAAACUCCUCCGGUAUUUGUCUAUCCAUUAUAUCUGUGACCUUAUGGUGGAGAAGAAAAAAGUGAAAUUCGGUCUCAAUGUAACCUCUUCUGAGAAGGUGGACAAGGCUCAGCGCUAUGCAGAUUUCACACUUCUUUCCAUCCCAUACCCAGGCUGUGAAUUUUUUAAGGCUUAUAAAGACCGAGACUAUAUGGCAGAAGGCCUGGUCUUCAACUGGAAUCAGGAUUAUGUUGAUGCUCCCUUGAAUAUUCCUCCAUUGUUGAGUAAGAAUUUGCGCAUCGACUGGGGCGGCUACCAGUCCUGGGACCUCGUGCAACAAACACAGAACUACCUGAAGCUGCUUAUUCACAUCAUCAACAGUGAUGAACAGAGUGGUUUACUGGUACACUGUAUUUCUGGCUGGGAUCGCACACCAUUGUUUAUCUCCCUUCUACGUCUCUCACUCUGGGCUGAUGGACUGAUCCAUGUAUCCCUGGAUGCUGGAGAAAUUUUAUACUUGACCAUAGCUUAUGACUGGUUCUUCUUUGGGCACAUGUUGGUGGAUCGUUUGAGCAAAGGCGAGGAGAUUUUCUUCUUCUGUUUUAACUUCUUGAAACAUAUUAUCUCAGAAGAAUUCUCUGCCGUAAAAAAGGAGAGGAGGAAGAGUUCCCAUUGCAGAGACACUGAUUUCACUGUAGAAGAUAUCUGUUUACUGAGACGAAGGGAUGGCAGUAGCACUAGUUUAAGCAGUGGUUAUUCCUGGAUAACUGAGGAUUCCCCUGCAGCAACUAACAACUUUACCUAUGAAACAGUGGAGUUGAUGUCCACAGCACCACAGCCGCAUGCAGCCUGGAGGAGAAUUCAGACAUCUUCACCACAAACUGUGGUUUGGAAUAAAGCGCACCAAACUGAGGAUAGAUUAUUGUAUCCUGGUAUGACUGAUGCACGGUCAUCAAGCUCAUCUUCAAAUCAAUCAGAUGGCUUUUUAAGGGCAGGAAGCAGCCCACUGGCAGUCCCAAAAAGGAGAUCAGUGGAUAAUUCCCUGCCUGGAUCCUCCAUUUCUACUGAUUAUGGCAGUUGGCAGAUCGUGUCAGGGUGUGGCAGUAUUCAUGACCAGACGCUUCCAGCGGCAGAGUCCCCUGUCCCUUUCUUCUUUCAGGACGAGGGUGUAAACAACAGCCAAUGUACCCCAGUUCUAGACCGUCAAGCUAAACUAGAGGAGGUACGUGCUAUUUUUCUGUCUGCAUACAGUAUGACGGUGGGCCUGACAUCUGCAUCACCAAGUUCCUCAGGAGCGAUAAGUGGCAUCUUGGAACAGUUUGCACGUGGAGUUGGACUGAGGGGAUCAAACAGCAUUGUGUGACAGUCUCUGUAUCAAACACAGAAGUUUGAUCUUGUACCCUAAUCUCACCAGCCAGUUCACUAGCCAGACUCACUGUGAGACACAGUGGAAGUAAAUUGGCAUUGUCUGUGUUUUGUUGGCAUUUAACUAGUGUAAUUGGCAGUGUUUUAUUGUAACAAUCACAGACUUCAGAAAGUUUUAUCUAGGUUUAUUCCUUAGGGUCUUGUUACCACCUUACUCAGGAGCUGUAUAAUAUAUGUAUGUAUGUAUGUAUGCAUGUAUAUGUUUUAAAAUGCUUUUUUUUCACAGAUACAGAAAGUAGCUCCUUUUUGUAAGCUAAAUGUCCUGUUGCUAUUCCUUGACAUAUAACCUGUUGACAAGGAUUCAUUCUUUGACUGAGGAAGGCUGUUGGAGCAGGUGCAGCCAUGAACACUAUCUUCUGCAUUUAUCCUUGCAGAAGUUUGCAACAUUUAUGUUUUAAGGACUGAACACACAGUUUUGUCCUAACUUUAAAGUAAGUAUGUAUGGAAGGCCCUAUUGGGUAAGCAAGACACAUUUCAUUUGACAAAUUGUAGGCAUACUUGUUGCAAGUUGGAAGCUGAAUCAAUAUGUGCUAAAUUUUUGAGAUAACAAAGAGGAAAUUUAAAACAUGCAUAUGUUAUGGCUAUUUUUAACUUUUUUUUUUUUUUGCUCAUGCGGUAUAAAUCUUGGCUCUAGAUUGUCACUGUUGAAGUGACACCCCGACACCAUGUGCAGAAAUGGGAAAAGGGUUGUGGAUGGAUGUGUAGUACAGUUUUUCCUAGCUGACAGGAAAUGUAAUGUACUUCUUGUCAAAGGUAAUCAUACAGGCAUGUGUUAAGGAAUCAUCAACCAAGAUAAGAUGUAUUCUUCCAAAUUGUUCUUACCUUACGUUUUGCACUGCAUUAAACAAGGACACAAAAGGGAGCUAUUAAAUAUUGAAUACUGUGUAUUGAUAGAAUAUUUUUCUACUUUGAAUUGCAGUUUUGUUUAAUAACUUUAAUUGCAAUUGUCUUCCAACCCAAAUGUUGUCCCUUGAGGAGCAUAGACACCAUGUAAAGAUGCUGUUCCUGCUCUGGUCAGUUCCUGUUUUCACACCUUGGGACUUUAUUUAAAGGCAUUAUCAAUUUCUCAAGAUGAGUUAACUGCUUUUGUGUGUCAAAAACAGCCCUACUCCUAAUGAAUUUCCCCAGUCUGGUGAAAUACUGAAGAUUGGAUGUUUAUUGCAAUUCAUCAUUUGACACAGGAAAGUUUGAGAGUAUAGUACAAAAAUGAUUUUAGCUUUUAUAGUGAUGUAUCAAUGUGACUUUUUUAAUCUUACUUUUAAAAUAGUAAUCGGCAUCCAGAUGUGAGAAAAAAAAUCUCAUUUUAGAAGCCUCACUUUUUAGAACGAUAUUGUAAUAAUAAAAAAAGUCAUGUACAGAGUGAUUUCAUGCACAGUGUACAGCAAACUGGCUAAAAUGUCUAUAAAGAAUUCAACUUCUCUGUAGUCGUAGAGCUUCACUAAGCACCUGACUAAUGUUCUUCCAAGAAUAUUUCCUGAAACCUCAUUUCUCGUUGUUUGAAACUGCCAGUUUAUAGAAGGUUAGCAUCAGUUUAUUUACUCAGGUGUCCGUGAUUUGCCUCAGAAGGCUUACAGUCCACAGAAUUUUUGACUGCAACAAACGUGGUGUAAGAGCUUGAAAUUAAGCAUUACAUAAAUAACCUUCUUUAUUUGAUUUCUAGAACAUGAGCAGUUUAAACAUUUGUGUGAGAUUCAAGAACCUAGUCACAUAUUUUUCAAGCAGGUUGAUGUCAGCAGCACUGAGCAUGUUCUAGAACCUGUGGCUGCUGUAGAUGGCAGUAGACAGGAUCUGUAGUGAAGAAAAACUCCACUUAACCCCUAGUUAUUCAUUAUGGAACUUCUGAAGGGAUCCAAAAUUCUGCUUCUAGAUAUUUUUUCUCACUUGCCGAUGUAAGUUGCACUCAUUGCUACCAUACAUUUCUUACACUGUGAGGCCUUAUUAAAAAUGCUGUACAUCACAUAUGCUUUUUUUUCACAUGAAAAGCCAUAUAAACUGCACAGAAGUGUGUUUGGUUUUUAGUAAAUAUGUAGCUGGGUUCAGUAUUGCUUUUUUUACUUUUGUUUUAAUCAUGUUUACAUUACCCAGUAACUAUUAAUGUGUUUGAGCAGUUGUUUUUGUUUAAACUUCAAAAAUUAAAUUGCUGCCUGCUUUAUUUUUUUAAUUUCUAACGUGCUAACCUAUUUCUUUUUAAAGAAAGAGGAUAACAGUUCUCAAUCUAAUGCUUACCUCAUCCUGUGUUUAUUUUAUAUGAAACUUUUGGUUUUCCUUUUCAUUUGUAGCUUCCAGAUUUUAUGUUUAUAUAUUGAGUCUGUAUUGUAGUGUAAAUAAGUAUAAUGAUUCACUAUAAACACGUCAGCCUUUGCGAAACUAAGCAGUUAAGGUUUUUUUCCGUACCAAAUGUAAAGGUGUAAUCUUGAAAUACAAAAUGUAGUACAUUUUCAGUGGAUUUUUUCCAGAAUUUCAAUAAAAGUUGCUUAGUAAUGCUUCA